AUGUGCGGAAGAACUCGCUGCAGUCUAAGAGCCGAUGACUUUCCGAGGGCCUGCCACCGUACCACCGCCCCUACUCGCGUUCUCCACAUCGACCGGUAUGUGCCGUCACAUAAUGUGUCGCCGGGAUUCAGCAUGCCUGUUGUUCGGAGAGAUGAAGCAGCGGAGAGUGAAGGCCAUGUUGUUCAUUGUAUGAAAUGGGGUUUAAUCCCCAGUUUCACUAAGAAAACAGACAAACCUGAUCACUACAAGAUGUUUAAUGCUCGAUCUGAAUCCAUUGAUGAGAAAGCUUCAUUCCGUCGCCUGCUUCCUAAAAACAGAUGCCUUGUUGCAGUAGAAGGUUUUUAUGAGUGGAAAAAGGAUGGUUCAAAGAAACAACCUUACUAUAUUCACUUCAAAGAUGGACGACCUCUUGUUUUUGCUGCUCUUUAUGACUCAUGGCAAAAUUCUGAAGGUGAAAUACUUUACACAUUUACUAUUGUUACAACCUCUUCCUCUUCAGCUUUUCAGUGGCUUCAUGACAGGAUGCCUGUUAUUUUGGGAGACAAGAAUUCAAGUGAUACCUGGCUAAGCAGCGCUUCCAGUUAUAAGAGUGUGAUGAAGCCAUAUGAAGAAUCUGAUUUGGCGUGGUACCCUGUAACACCUGCCAUGGGCAAGCCAUCAUUUAAUGGGCCUGAGUGUAUAAAGGAGAUUCAAGUUAAGACAGAAGGAAACACUCCAAUAUCUAAGUUCUUUUCAAGAAAGGUGACUGAAGAUGAAGACACAAAGCCAGAGCAUAAAAUACCAAGUCACGAACCUGUCAAGACUGAACAAACAAAAGACCUCAUCGUAGAAACUAAAACAGAGGAGGAUGAAAGUGAUUUAAAAUUCAGUGGUUCUCCCCCUUCUCAAAAUGUAACCAAGUUCCCAAUCAAGCGUGAAUAUGAUUCUAUUUCAUCAGAUUUGAAACCGUCUUUAGCAAAUAAUGAUAAGCCGAGGGCAAACCCGACAAAGAAAAAGGAAAAGUCAAAGACAGCUGAUGAUAAACAACCAACCUUAUUUUCCUACUUUGGAAAAAAGUAA